AUGGAGCCUAACCCCGCAGAGCACGACGAGGUGGUGUCGCAGUUCUGUGCCAUGACGGGCACUCAACCUGCAGCGGCUCAAGCGUACCUCGAAGCAAAUCAGUGGGAUAUAGAAGCUGCGGUGACUGAAUUCUUUGCGGAGCAGGAUGAGGCUUUGCAAGGCAUGAACACUGGCGGUGGCAGGCAGACUGGGGCUUCACAUGCAGGUGAAGCUGCUUCAGGUGGUCGAACUCUGGGCGGACAGAUGCCUACGAACCCUGUGAUGCCAUCCGCAUCUACAUCCUCUACAAAACGUGCCGCGCCCAGGAAGAAGUUUGCGACAUUGGGUGAUGUUUCCGGCGGAAAUGACCAUAGUUCUUCAGAGUCCGACGACUCUGGGGAACGGGACUUUUUCACUGGCGGAGAGAAGUCAGGCUUAGCUGUGCAAAAGAACCCGGAUGACCUAAAGAAGAGCAUUUUCGAAAAGGCCCAAAAGAGUAGGCCCCAACGUACGGAUGAGCCCGAGGAGCGCCCCUCAUACUUCACCGGCGCUGCCCGCACCCUGGGUGGUGACGAUGCGCCGAGCCGAAUUAUCGAAGACCCUACCGGACCGGUGCAGCAGCGCCCCCAGCGCGUCCAACGGACUCUCCAUUUCUGGGCCGAUGGCUUCUCAGUGGACGAUGGCGAACUUUACCGCUCAGAUAUUCCUCGUAACGCUGAGAUUCUGGAAGGCAUCCGCCAGGGCCGCGCCCCUCUCGCCAUUAUGAAUGUCGAGGCCGGGCAGGAAGUCGAUGUAGAGCUGAAGCAGCAUGAUGAGAAAUACACUCAGCCGAAGCCCAAGUACAAGCCUUUUUCGGGCGCCGGUCAACGUCUUGGCAGCCCAACACCCGGCAUUCAGAGCCAGGCUUCUACGCCAUCAUCUGCCACACCUGCGCCUUCUACUAGCGACGCGAAGCCGACACAUGACGUCGAUGAAUCACAGCCCAUUGUGACUCUUCAGAUUCGUCUGGGUGAUGGCACCCGUUUAACCUCUCGCUUCAACACCACUGCCACCAUUGGCGACGUCUACGCGUUCGUCUCUGCCGCGACUCCGGAGGGCCGAGACCGUGCCUGGGUGCUGAUGACGACUUUCCCCAGCACUGAGCUCAAGGACAUGGACCAGGUCCUCGGAGAUAUGGCUGAGUUCAAGCGUGGAGGUGUUGUCGUUCAGAAGUGGACAUAG